AGAGCAUGUAAUGAGUGCUCUGUGCGCAGCCUUCGCUGCACCGCGAACGUAUUGCCUGCUUGAUUGACGAUCAGAUACAUACCGGCGAACGCGCGGCACGCUUGGCGCCAUCGAUGCGGCACGCAAUCACACGGAGACCGGCGCUGCUGCGGCCACUGGCGGCAUUGCUGGGCGCCGCGACUACAACGCUGCCGCCGCAACCUGCGCGUGCUACCACGGAUGUAGUCGUGCGAGUCAUGGAUUCCGAUCGCGUCAAGCUCGAGCGCGCCGGAGUUGUACGCUUGGCCGGCGUGCGGACGCCGACGCGGGACGUGCCCGUCUGCUACAAUCGCGAACCGGGCGCGAAGACUCGCGGCCUGCUUUCGCGCGGCGCUAAAGUCGAAGUGGAGCUAAGCAGCGGCGACGCGAACAUUGUGGUCGGCGGCAAGUCCGUGAGCGAGACCAUCGUGCGGGAAGGCUACGCCUACGCGACGCCUAGACGGCGGCGCGCCUCUGAUGGGGAAGAUUACCUGGGUUCAGUGCUCGCGGAUGCUCAAGAGGCCGCGAAGCGCGACCAGCGGGGCCUCUGGCGGCCCUGCGGCGACGCCUCACCGGUGGUACCGGUCGCGACUUUUGACGACAUAGAUUUUCAACCGACGCCCACGAAGGACUACGGCGACGCGCCGGCCAAAUACAAGUCCUGCGCCGAGUUCGAGUUUUAUGAAGACGCGCUCGCGAUCUUCGAGCGCGCGCCCGAGGGCGUCCGGAAGCGAUUAGAUCGAGACGGCGACGGCGUGCCGUGCCCCGGCCUUCCCCACACGACGGACCGGGAGCGGUAUCGGUUCAAGAAGCGGGCCGAGGCGUCGUCGUAACGUAGUGUUUUGUUAUA